AUGGGCCGACAGGCUUACUUGAACCGCCUCGCUUUGGGGCGGUCACCCUAUGAACUUCCAGAAAAUGCAACAGGGGACCCUUCCAAUCCAGUGCGGAGGGCGUCGAAUGUCUAUUCGGAUGACUACAUGCAGCAGUAUGACGCUCGGGGUCAUCCAGUUAAUCCGGAAUCUAAAACCCUUGGACGGGAACUCCGAAGAGCGAAAAAUGAUAUUCUCUCCACGAUGGGAAUCGUCGUCAGUGGCGAGGACCGUAAUACCAGCCCUUCGGAUGAACAACAAAAAAUCAACCAGAUCGCGACCGAGAACGAUUUCGGCCUCGUGAUCACCACACUUGAUCAGCUUUUUGUGUUUUUCGGCACUUGGUGGUCCUCUUCUUUGACAGGAAGAAUUCAGACAUACAAACAUUAUACCCACGAUGCUCUGCUUGAUGUGAUUCGAUCAGAACGUGGGGCAACGGGCGUCCUCGGCUUCUACUUUGCUGGUAUACCUGCAUGGGCAGUUUCCAGUGGGUUAGCGAUUGCCAGAGAUAAUCCGUUGAAGCGUGUGUUUGCGACAGCCCGGGACUACCUCCUUGAUUUCACGGGCCAUGACAAGCUCUCACUUGGAUCCCGGGCACUAUUCAUACUCACAUUCUCGGCAGUAAGGAGCACAGUACUCCUUCUUUCUGUCGAGGCAUACAUGUACUCUUUGCUUCAAUCUCUCGCCCUCGUACCUCCAAAAUCGUUACCCAGUGCUCAGCUUCUGACUCCCUUCGGCGAGGGGUCUCUACUUCAGAUGCCGUCGCUACCUACUGAAUUUUCCAUUGUGUCCAUUGGUGGAUUUAUUGUACGACUCUUGGCUUCCCCUGGAGUCUUGACUUUCCUCCAUGCUUUCUAUCUACGCCCAAAUCUUGAGGAACGGAUCUAUAGACUGAUUCGUCGCCAACUGCCUAAGCCAAUGCUUGCAGACGAGCUUUCGAUUCGGGUUGCAUAUGAUGAGAACCUCGUCGAUUGGGUUGUGCCGACUUUAGGCCGUCGUUCAGAGGAAGAGACCCGCCGCGCGAGAUUACCUCUGCUUGAAGAUAUCAAGUGCGAAUUGUCUGUUUUCCAGGGUUGGGUGUUCUCCCUUUUUGGUCUCUUUUCAAACUCGGCCUCAGAGCCGCAAGCUCCUGAUACCUUGAAUCAAGAGAGAAUACAAAAUCUGCGAAAUUCAAUUGAAUCUUUGCAGCAUGAGCUUGAAGAAGUUCAGCUUCGCAACAAUCUUGCCGGAGAAACAUCUGAUGCGGCUCUCAGCAGAGUAUCUGGCGCCCUUGCUCGCACAAAUGCGGUUGAAAUGACACGUCUUGACCUGCCUACCAUCGCUGAGGACGAUCAAGUAACAGAGGAGCUGGAUCUGGGCAUCAAUCAAGUCCUCACAAACGAAAAUCGUAUCUCACAAUCUCCUGGAGAGAUGAGCAGCGAUUACUUCUCUGCAAUGGCAACGCUUGGUAGGACGAGCGCAGCUUCCCAAAACUCCAUAUCGCAAAGCUCUCUUAUCAAUGCUCAACCUGGGGAUAGCCCGAGUAGCACAACGAGAGACCGACAUAGUUCUCGUGCUAAUACCUUGUUUUCUCGUCCAUCAUCCCCCGACACAUCACCGCCUACUUCGCCGCGGGUUCGAGCAUCGUUGAUUCAUCAGAGCUCCGACAUUAUUACAAUGCAGCUAGAGCUUCUAGGCAACCGUAACCGCAAUACCCAAAAUCAGACUCCAACUGGCAAUUCGCCUCUUCCAAGAAUGGGUCGUGGGACCACAGGGCUGCGCCCUCCUUCAACCGCCAUGGAUCGAAGAUCAAUCGCUGAUUUCCUCGAAGCACUGAUCUUGAGUCAAGCCCAGCAGCAGGCUUCACAAUCACCGUUGUCAACAGAGCAUGAUGGACUAUCGAACACGAACACCCAAACAAGCAGCACAACUCCUGAAGAGAUGCCUGCUUUCGAGCCUAUCCCCCGGAACCCGGUUCAACGGAGCACAAAUUUCAAUCAGCCCCCUCCCGACCUGGCCGAGGAAACUCCAGCCUCAAAUAUACCCAAUCUUCUCCCAGAUGGAGUUGAAGAACCGGCCGAGGAGGAACAAGAUGGACAGCCAUCAUCACUUGUCGGAACCACACGAAAUGCAGGAACUCGAACAACUCCUGGUGACCAACUUCCACCAAUUGGCUCUCGCCUUGCAGGAACGCAUAGCCUGUCUGGAGCCCAUCGAGUUACUCUUCUCUCUGCCCACCCCGUCGAUUCGCUCGCGUCCCAUCUUGCCGCAUUCAUAAGCACCAUUAUUCUCUCACCGAUCGAGUCCCUUUGUCUUCGGUCAUUGGCGCAUUCCUAUCUAGCCUCGCAUCCCUCCGCGACAGUCGGUGCGUCGGAUCUCCACCCCGCUGGUUUGUGGUUUGGUGGCAACUCAUGGUCCGACAUUCUCGCAUACAGCGGCAGAAUGAUUCUCAUGCGAGGGAUGCAGGCUGCUCUUAGAGCAGGUGUUUGGGGAUUCUUGGUCGGCUCAACGAUGAGAAUAGGCCGGAAGUUUUGUGGCUGGGGCACGCUGUGA